GCCUAGGUCACCCUCAUCUGAUUCUCUCCGCCAGCGGCAGCACUGUCUGCAUUUCACAGAACCCCAGCUGGUUUAUGUAUGGGCCAUUACAAAGCAAUUUAAAUUUUAAAGGGUGGCGGGUAAAGCAAGAGAGCGCGCGGCGCGGUGGUGCAGCGCGCGCGACAGGUGACGGACGGUUUGCGCGGCUCAUGUGGGCGGCGGGCGCUUGCUGCUCGCGGCAGGCAGGCGAGAGCGGCGGCGGAGCCACGGCCGCGCGCACGCCAGUCAAGACCUUCCAGGCGUACCUGCCGCCGGCGCAUCGCACCUACAGCUGUAUACACUGCCGCGCGCACCUGGCCAGCCAUGACGAGCUUAUAUCCAAGUCGUUUCAAGGCAGCCAGGGGCGCGCGUAUCUCUUCAAUUCUGUUGUAAACGUUGGGUGCGGUCCGGCAGAGGAGCGCGUGCUGUUGACGGGGCUCCACGCCGUCGCCGAUAUAUACUGCGAGUGCUGCAAGACCAUGCUGGGCUGGAAAUAUGAGCACGCGUUCGAAUCAAGUCAGAAAUACAAGGAGGGCAAGUUCAUAAUCGAACUGGCGCAUAUGGUGAAGGAGAACGGGUGGGACUAGGCGGCGGUCCGCGGCCGCCUACGGCUCGCGGGCCACAGCGGACCGCUCGGCGCUCGCUCCCACUCCUCGUGAAGGCUCCCAGCCAUGGCGCCACUCACCGCCCCUGACUAUCCAAUGCGUCAAUUACUCCGCUCGAAACACGAAGCGGCACCGUGCAGAGUGAAAACAUUGGACAAAUUUGCACCAUGAGUGUUCUUUCACGGCUAUAACUGAACGGGCUACGCGGUCUUCUCUGUGAACGGAAAGAUGAACGCUCGCCGCCGGCUGGAGCCUUCGUGAUGAAGUGUCAGGCGAGUGCAAUUGUAAAACUCGCCUUUGUGUAAUGCCCUCAAUUGUGUGAUGCGAAUGGACGUUGUUACUUCCACACCGAGGGCAGUAUUAGUAUCAUCACGGAUGCGUAAAUCGGACAGGUUCGAUGACUACUAUUUUUGUCAAACUAAUUAUUAUUGGGAGAUUGAACCUGACCGAUUUAUUCAGCGUAUGCUCGAGUGUUCCGCGACAACCAAAGUGAGGGUAUAGCCUUAUGUGCUCUUUACGUACUUUAGUCGGCUUCAGCGCUUGAGCACCGCCAGUCAACGCAUGUUAUUAUUGUUAUAGAUAAGGUACCGAUCUCAACCGCCCCUCGUGUGGGGCUUAUGGGCUUAGAAUUUAUACUAAUUUUAGUUUGAAACGAUUUAGUUUCGGCCGGUGUGCCGCACGGCCACUCGCCUCGCGGCCGGCGCUGGUACAUCGUAAGUUCUUAGUUUUUUUUUUAUAUUAUGUACUAUGCAAUGUACUGUAUUGAGAGAACACUAAUACUUUCUCUUGUCCCCUUUAACCUGUGAUAAGUAUGUUAGUAUAGAAUUUUAAAUUUCUUGAACGGUAUUUUCAAGAAGUUGCUCAGAGAGGUCAGAUGUAUGUUCCUAAUGAUUUCAGCUGUACAAUUUGCUUUUUAAUUUUGUGAGGUAACUAGUCGAAACGUGGACGCGUUCUGGGAGACCCCUUAAAUUAUAUUUUAUUUUGCGCCUGAUGUAUUGAUUAUUUUUUUUUAGUUUAGUUUAAUUGAACAUUUCGACUAUUCCUCUCGACCCUCUGGACCCUCGGUACAGUUUGAAUCGAAAUUUUCGUUGCGUAUUUCUUGGGCAAGUGAUUAGUUGGUAAUUUGACAGAGUGGAGAUUUUCCGUGGACAUAUAUUUGGGCGAUGGAAGGAGUAUCGGACAGUUUUAUUAUUCAUUUAUUGUUUCUAUUAUAAUGUAAUAAUUAUUAGGACGUUUAUCAAUAUAUUUUAACCGCAUGGUACUUCAUUUGUAAUUGUAAACGUAUGUUAAUGAAUUGCAUGAGCUUUGACUAUAUUAUAUGUGCGUCAAAAAAUCGAGCCGCUGUGUACGAAGCCAUAUAGUACGAAGUGAUUCUGUUCCCCGUAUAAGUGCGGUCACACAUUAUACGGUUCAGUCGGACGAUUGUCCUGUGCGAAUGUACGUUGUGAAUGGCGCGUUUCCAAAGUGUUGGUGUAGUGCCCAAGGCGUCCGACUGAAUCGAAUAAUGUGAGACCAUCGUAAGGUACACAGAGAAUUUAAUGAACGUCCGAUUUCGAUAUGGAAUACAUUUUUAUCGUAUUCUCUUAUCUACGCAAUGAAGAACUUCUGCCGUCGCAUACUACUUUAUCAAGAGCGUAAAUAACUGCCACUAGCAUAAAUACGUUUGUAAUAUACAUAAUAAUGUAAUACAAAUUCAUCGUAAGUGUCGAUCGUUUGAUGUUGAAAAAUGUUUAUUUUUACAAUGAAUAAUAAAUCUUAAAAAUGCUACAUUUAGACUUGGAUUUGUUUAGAAUGUAAGACAUUCGUCUGUUACAUACUUUUUAGACUUACUCCAGUUUUUGAUUCACAUCUACAGGGCGUUUGUUAUAUCAUCGACAAGGGAGUGAAUGUGUUGUGCAUACAUUUUGCUUGCGUGGACAUCAAACUGACGGUAGUUGCGGCCGGAAAACUGGACAAGAAAGACGUAUUUGUGACAUUAAAACGGAUCGUUACACCGGUAACCAUCGACACCAAAGUUCUUGAUUGUAGUACUCAAAUGUGUAAAUACAAACAUGGGGGUGUUAUUUUUGUAUCUAUAUUGAUAAAUAUUUUUCUACGACGCUACAUGCGAAUAUGUAUCUAUUGUCUACGUACACGAGAUCUCAAAUUAAAUAUUUCAUAUCAAAAAUAAUUAAAAUACUUAUUGUAAACAAAAGCACACCUCCAUCUUUAACGUUUCAAAACAAAUUAUCGUGCAUUAUGUGAGGAAACAGAUACGUCUUUUUAAUAACAUAUUCUGUGUAAUAUGAUAAGGUUAAUCGAUAAAACGCAUUGCAAGUUCACUUGUCUGUUUAAUGUAAUCGUAUUAACUGUUAUCAUAGGGUUAAAAUGUUAAGGAUUUCUGGUGCACAAUGUUCAAUGAAAAUUAACAAAGAACCCCAAUAAUAUUAAAAAAACAAAGUUAUACUCGCUGUUAUAUGUAUUUUAUGAA